AUGAGUAAUACCUCGGAAGGUAACGGUAGCGGUAACGGAACCGGAGGCCGACGCACCGUCGACUGGCAGAGAUUCGGUCUAGGCAACGAGGAUGAUGGCGAGGUGGCGGUGGCCACCUUUCGCCAAAGGACCAAUAACAACACCGGCGGCUUCGUAGAUCUCGGAAACGAGUACACCUAUGCGGCUGGAGGGCACCAUGCAUCUGGAGCGAACGAGAUCUUUGCCGGCGAGCAGGGCGACAAACCCUGGUGGCGAUCCAACUUUUUCAUUUCGCAGCCGGUACUUUUUGGCACCUGGGACGGUGUGUUCACUUCCUGCUUGAUCAACGUGUUUGGUGUGAUCGUAUUUUUGCGCUCCGGGUGGAUUGUUGCCCAGGCUGGCAUUCUCAACGCGGUGCUAAUCAUCUUCUGCACAGUUGUUAUAGCCCUCGUUAGCGUGCUGUCAGCGAUUGGCAUCUGCGAACGAUGUCGCGUUGAGAGUGGCGGCGUUUACUUCCUAAUAGCGCACACAUUGGGCUCCCGCUUCGGUGGCGCCCUCGGACUGCUCUACUGCUUCGGUCAGGCGGUGGGAUGUGCGCUUAAUGUGAUGGGAUUUGGUGAGUCGAUGGCCGGUCUUGUGAAUCUCGGAGAAAGCAAAUGGGCCAUCAGAGGAUUCGCAACCGCCGCAGUCCUUCUGCUUGGCUGCAUCAAUGUGGCCGGCGUUAAGUGGGUGAUCAAGCUGCAGUUUAUUCUGCUUAUGAUCCUCCUUAUAUCGGCGCUGGACUUUAUGGUGGGCAGCUUUAUUGGACAGAAUGAAAAAAAUGGAUUUGAUGGCUGGGUAAGUGGAAAUUUUGUCGCUAACCUGUGGCCGAUGUACGAGAACGGGUACUCCUGGUUUCGUGUGUUUGGAGUCUUCUUCCCCACCGUGACGGGUGUUCUUUCUGGCAUCAACAUGAGCGGCGAUCUGCGGGCUCCUUCCACGGACAUUCCCAACGGCACCCUUGCUGCUUUCGGAACAUCCACAUUCCUGUACCUAGUAUUUGUGCUGUUCCUGGGUGCGACUUGUCAGCGAGACACGCUGCGCACCAACUUUAUGAUCGCCGUCUCCGUGUCGGCCACUCACUUCCUUCUCUUAGCUGGAAUCUACGUGUCGAGUAUGUCCUCCUGCUUGGGCGCGAUGUACGGCACACCACGUGUCCUACAGAGCAUUGCCAAAGAGAGCGUUAUUCCAGGGAUCGAUGUCCUGGGCAAGGGACGUGGUCCCAACAAAGUGCCUCUGUAUGCUAUGGCCAUUGUGGCCCUUGUCACUGUAACCUUCAUUAUUGUCGGAGACAUCAACUUCCUGGCUCCCAUUGUGACGAUGCCCUUCCUGCUGACGUACGCCUGCAUCGACUAUGCUUACUUUGCACUGGCCCAGACCUUCGACAUCCAGGAACAGCGCGAGGAGCGCUUCCGCAUCCAGGCCUCAAGCCCCAGCUAUGAGACACGUCGUUACGGAAGUGUCUCAGACACGGGCAAUGACCUCGACCUGCUCUUUCCCGAUCGGGUCCGGCACAAGAACCUGCAAAGUCCCCAGAACUCGCCACUCCACCAGACGGCACCACACCAGUCGGAGUUCAGCGGGGAGGGACCAAGCACCUCAAGCCGAACGACGCAACCAGCGACUUCAUCGGCCAACAACGACGCCACGACUCUAGCCGUCGACCAGGACGGAGCGCCAGACCAGGAGCAGAAUCAGGACGAGGCCGAGCCCAUUGCUCCCAUCCGACCGCCCAUCCACUCCAAGACGAAAAACUGGUACUCCGGCUACUGCAACCGCUGGGCUUCGCUGCUUGGAGCGUUUACCAAGCUUUUGGUCAUGCUGCUGGUGAACUGGUACUAUGCGCUCACCUGCUUUCUGGUGGUGUUCAUUGUGUGGUUCUAUGUAGGCACGGCCAAUCCGGCGGUGAAGCCUGGCCUAACGGCCGAGUUUAACUUCUUUUCCUGGCUUAAGAGCAUAAUAUUCCGGUGCUUUGGUAAGCGUAUCCACGAGUACGAACAGAUCGUAGUAACGCCAUCGUGUCCCGGUGUGGAUCUCUCGCCCACGCAGCUGAACGAACAGAACGAGGACUUCCGGCCACGGCCCAAUUACCACCACUCUUCAGUCAUCGAGGGUCGCCUCAUCGAUGAUAUUUAGAGACAGACAUCUACUUAAAUCUAGAUAGAUCGCCCGGGGCGCAACGAGGAGCUGUGGGCGUGGCUGUGGCAAGCAAUAAUCGAGUGCAUUUCUUUAGCCAGCGGAAAAACUAAAAGAAUUACCCAAAACAAAACUAAAACAACCGGAAAUCCACACUCAUAUAUCCUUUACAUAGAUAUUUGAUAUGUAUGUUUUGUAUAACAUUGUAAGGAUGUUCUGAAGCUAAUCCAGCCGUGAUUUUUUAAAAUUCCAAAACCCAGUUUUACCUUGUUCGAGUUUUGUUUUUAAAUUGUACAUUUUUAGUAAGUCCAUUAGGUGUUUACCAUUAUUAAGAGUACAAUGGGCUUCACAACCAUUGCAGCCACAUCUGUCAAUAUCUAUGUUAAUUUAAAUCUUUAUUUAUAUAAGAACAAAAUGUAACGUUUAGUGUUUUUAAAACCAUAUCACACCAAAUGGAAAUGUACUGCUUUUAACGCCUUCCACGCACACACCGCACACAAACACAGCUCAGAGCAAACUACUACCUAUGUUUAAUUUGUAAUCCAAUGUUUUUGCUGCUUUUAAUGUGUUCCUUGUUCGCGGAGAGAAAGAGUUCAAAAGCUACGUAUUCUUAACAAAGAAAGCGUGUAAAUUGUUGCUAAAUGGAUAUGUUUCCGGUGUUUCCUGCCGCUUUCGGAGGGGACGCAUGUGAUACUGAGAUAAUAAGUGAACCAAAAAACCGAAACCAGAAAUCAAACUCGAUGAUUUGGCGCCUCUGCAUUUAAGAAGAACAUACACACACACGGCACACAAAGUGUAAUCCAAUAAAAUUGUUGCAGAACACAAAAAACUAAUAACUAAUAAUGAAUAAAUGUAAUACACCUAACACACACCUUAAACUUAAGCUGUAACCCUCUGUAUUAACCUCACCCGAUGAACAAUAUUAUUCGUACUCCCCUAAAUUCACUCAGCAGCCAUACAUACAUACAUAUAUCAGCAAUAACCGCACCCAAACAUCCUGUAUUACCCUAUAUUAAUGUAAUGUAUAUACAAUGUAUACUUAUACCGGGAUAUAUACACCGCAUGUUGAUCGAGGAGGUGUUGUAUAUUUGGAAAAUAUACUCGCGAGUCCGAUUUUUGUACGUAUAUGUAGCCUAAUUAAAACUAGUUUUACGAAAAACCUAUCCCCAGGACAGCCCACACAUGAAAUAACGUUAAUGUAACACAUUAAAUAAAGAGCGUGUAAUAAAUAG